CUCAGGAGCACUCAUAUAGUGUCCCGACUGUAUACAUGCGAAUCAAUGGCUGUACAAGCCAACGCGGCGCGCAUAGUCGAUCGAGAGUGAUCAAGAGCAAACAGCAAACACAACAUAAAGAAACGAUUAAAGUGUUACCACCGGUGUACCCCGUGAUAAAGCGACAAUUGUGUGUACCAAAUCAUCUGGUCGCUGAAGAGUCUGAAAGUACCUCAAAACAAUUCAAGACCCGGAGAAAAGAAUCCGAUAAAUCAGAAAAACAUCUGUGCUGACGAGUAAAUGUCCUGCCCAGACGAUGGCUGUGUGAUUUUGCCCGCCAGCCGCAUGACUUUAGAUAGUGAUGGCAGAUCGCCAACAGCCUCCUCCGGACUACAAGCGUAUGUCCCUGGACAAGAUAAUCGAGGCGAUGACAGCAGACCUUGAGGGUCCAAGUGGUCACUACGUUCAAUUCGGUAUACCUCCCACCCAGUCACCCAACUGGUUGCACUAUCCAUCUCCAGGCCUGCACUCACCACUCCCUCAUCAUCCUGCCUCCCUCCCGCAGAUGCCCAUGCAGCCGCCCAUCUUCAUGCCAGAGUCCUUCGAUUCUCCCCCAGGGGAGCCCAUCUACUUUCCCCCCCAAACGGUCAAUCACUUGGGGAUAACCGAGAACAACGACCUAGUAGGUACCAUUGACGUAGGCAACGGCAACUUCAUAAACGUUAUUUAUGGAAAUGCCUCCCAGAUGGUCCCCGAACAAGUCCCCAGUAUGUCCCCUUACACCAAUCGUCAGAUGAUGGAUAGAGAGUAUGGGCUAUUCGAUCAGAGAAUUCAUCACAAUCCCCAGAACACUACGACAAAUGGAAAACAAUUGAUUGACAAUCUCGUUGGUAAUUGGGUGCCUAAUCAAUCAGGUACGUACAGUCCCUUCGGGGGUUCCCCGAAUGUCACUCCGGGGCCUCAUUCAUCGCCCGAGGUGGAGGUGCCCAAGGUGGUGGAAAUUCAAAAGAAAAUGAGAAUGGUGGCUGAAGUGAAACCCAUGAGACCUAGUUACUCAUCAGUGCUGACUAAAUCUGCACCCCCGCCUUCCUCACCCCUCAAUAUUCCCCAGAGCAAAGUCCAGGUGGAUCCGAUCCUGAAAAAAUUAUCAAAGGGUUCCAAGGGAUCCAAAGGAAAGCCAGGGACUCUCAAGAGACAAAACUCUUCAGGAAGUGAUGAGCAUGGAUCACCGAAAAAUCUAGUGUCCAAGACGAAUCUUGAGAAGAAUAAUUCCAAUCUCUCGAGGCGUUGGGUCUCUCUGGAUAAUCUGGGAGGCAAUGAAAAUCAUGAGAGAAGUGAUAUGAAUGGAUUUAGCAGACCUGACCACAGGAAGACAUCUAAGACUGCUAAGAAGAAUGAGAGGAACGAGACUUUGAAUAAUAGUAAAGUUCAGAGUGGCGGUAAGGCUGGUGGAUCCACUCAGAAAAGACCACUUCAGAUUAAUAAUAAUUUGGGGAAUGACGGAGCCGAGGAGCGGGUGGAGAAAAAUGUACAGUUGGGUGGCAAAGGGAAGGAGGAGAAAAAGAAGGAUAAGGGAAAGAGGGUUCAUCCGGAGAAGGAGAAGAUCUUGAAGAAGGGAAAGAAUCGGAGGAAGGAGCCUAGGGAGAGUCCUGUUAAGGAUUUGUGUAAAAAUUUUAAUAAAUAUGCCAGUCGGUGGAGUAAAGUUGGGCUGAAGGUGUUUUAUUGGCUUCUACAUCUCAUCACGGAUGUUGUUAGUAUGAGUAUUAAUCUUGUCAUUCAAUUUAUUAAGUGCAUGUGGUUUCAUACUGUACUAUACCUGAAAUACUCAUGGGCAUACGUGUCCAGUACAGUCUCGAAGAUUCGAUUUCUCAAUAUAAUUGGUAAGAGGAUUGACGAUAAGUUCGGGAACAGUCGAUUUGCCUUUUGGCGGAAACUAAAAUCUAAGAGGAAGGAUGACAAGGAUGAUAAUGCCCACUGGUUGCAAGGAGGAUUAGAAGCGAAUAUUGCUUUGCCCAGUACUGGUGAAGAGGCGAUGAAAAGACUGCUGGCUUGCAAGGGAAAGGAUCCAUACAGUAUACUUGGGGUAACACCCACCUGUUUAGACGAUGAUAUCAAAAAAUAUUAUAAACGACAAGCUUUUCUCGUACAUCCUGAUAAGAACAAUCAGCCUGGGGCUGAAGAGGCAUUCAAGAUCCUGGUUCAUGCUUUCGAUAUUAUCGGGGAACCAGGGAGAAGACAAGCAUUCGACCAAACUCGUCAGGUGGAGGCAGCCUGGGGUGAGCUGAGUGAUCUUCUAUCCCAAUUGCACAGAAAAAUGGAACAAGCAGCGAAUACGAUAAGAUGUACAAAUUGUGGACUGAGGCAUAAUCGUGUACCCACACAUAGGCCAUGCUACGCUGCUCGAUUCUGUGCUCAGUGUAAAAUACGUCACAGUGCUAAGGAGGGUGAUAUCUGGGCGGAAUCGAGGGUUAUGGGUUUUCUCUGGCACUACUACGCGUGCAUGGAGGGUGCUGUUUAUGAUGUGACUGAUUGGGCUGCCUGUCAAGCUGGUAAUCUUAAACAUCUCCGUGCUAAUACACACAAUGUACAGUACAGGAUUGUUUUGGGGCAACGGCCACCACCUCAGGGUGGAGGUGGGAAGAGGAGGCAACAUGUCGAUGGUGGUGCAACGGACGCAGAUCUUGAAGAUUUUCUCAAUAAUCUUUACAAUCAUAGUAAAACUGGUGGUGCAACAGCCACGGCGGAACAACCAACGUCGAAAGAAGGCCGCAGACGUAAAGCAAAACGCAAAUGAAGACUUCAUCACAGUUCAACAGAUGCUCUCAUUGUAUUACUUCGCUUAUAAUACUCCAGCUGUUUAUUUUCUUUUUUUUCCCUCCUUCAAGUUUUGUUCCCUUCCUCCUUCAUUUUCUAUUAUAUUGCUUUGCAGAUUCUUGUUAAAACCAGGAAUACCCCUCUAAUGUUCAAGUGUCUGACUUUUGCGAGUGAAAAGCAGUGACAAUUUAUGAGAUUCUUUCUUUCCUCGUUCGACUUGAAAAUGAGAAGAUUAUAAUCAUUAAACAUGAAUUCGAAGUUUGCAA